GUUCUGCAGCCGUUCAACUGACUAGUGGAUUCCUACCAAAUCCGCGACAACUGUUCUAAUUUUCUCGUUGCCUCCUGUAAAUUUAACUUUUCUGAAGUUUGCCACUUACCAAGCAGUCGAACUUCUUAACUGAAAUGGUUUUGAGUAAUUCCGCUACUCAGCACCUUAUUUUACUUAGUAUUUUGGUACUUAGCUUUGUCGAUAGUAUUAGCGCGAGGUCCUUGUCGAGUUCUUCACAAUGUGGAAAAAGGGAAUCUACAUUGAAGGCUAUUUCAAUGCUUUUCCGGCAUGGAGAUCGGGCACCUGUGCUGACAUAUCCAAUGGAUCCUCACCGCGAGUAUCCUUGGCCAGGCGGAUAUGAAGCAUUGUCACAAAGAGGAGCUGAUCAGUUAUAUACCUCCGGAUUCAUAAAAUCCACUCGAUAUUCAUCCCUUUUUCCUAGUAAUUGCGAUUCGAAGUCUACCAACACCAUCGAUCUUGAUCAAAUGUUGGUUCUGAGCAGUUCCGUUGAGCGUUGUGUCGACAGCGUUACAAACUUCUUAAAUGGAUUUAUUAGAGGCGAAUGGCCCUCAAGUCUAAUUAACGUGAUACCACCAGACCGAGAUGAGAUGUUAGCUGUGCCUGGAAAGUCAUGCCCCAAAUAUGAAAACAGUGUUAUAGCUGGACCGCCUUUUGAUGACCCAGAAUUCAAGAAAGUCAUAGAUUUCGAAUCACCAGAGGGUAAAGAGUUUUUGGCUUAUGUGGAGGAGAACACCGGCAUUCCUGUGUUUUGGUCCAGCAUCCUAUUAUUUCUCGAGGAUACUCUGUCGGUCGAAAAAGACAAUAAUCUUGAAUUGCCUGCCUGGACUGAACGUGUUUAUGAGCCUUACCUCAAACCACUUUCACUCAUUGUUUUUGAUGGUUUUGCCUCUUCAUAUUACAUGAAAAUUCGUAGUUCCAUUCUGUUUAAGGAUAUGUCGAACAAAUUUGACAACUUGAUAGCAGGAUCUGCCGACCAGAAUAUUUUACUGUAUUCAGCUCAUGACAUAACUGUUGCUGGAAUGCUUCAUUUCUUUGGGAUUCGGAAUCAGAUCCCUUUCAUGCCAGCCUAUGGAUCCUCACUUAAUUUGGAGCUUCAUGAAAAUUCAGAAAUCGAAAACGAUUAUGAAGUGAAGUUGUUAUAUUUUGCAUCUUAUGACGACGAAAAUCCAAUUGAAGUCAAUAUUCCGAAUUGUCCGGCACCGUGUCCUUACAAGCAACUCAAGGCGAACAUCAAGCCGAACCUUAUAGAAGAUGAUUAUGAUAGUUUAUGCUCACAAUGAUGAACUGGCAACUAACAAUUAACAGAAACUACUUUAAAUCUAGUCAUUACUCUGUUCACUGAAUUCCUGAAUAAAACAAUUACAUAUAUGAAGAAAAUAA